UUACUGCAAAUAGCCUCACACACUGGCAAAGUGCAAAGGAUAACAACCUUCAACAUACAUAUGAUAAACUUUUCAAAUUAAACCGUUUAAGGAAGUUUAUACGGCUCAGAAAUUUACUUGCUAAGAAAAUAUCUCCCUUGAAAUCCUCUCUCCAGCUGGAUAAAGGUAACUGGGUUAAACCAUUGAACAAAUAGGAGACGUCACGAUGUCUUCCAGCACUUUAUUACUAAAUCGCAUGUUAGCUUCCCCCGACGAGACGAGAGAUCUUAUGGAACAAUCCAGAGAGGCUGACUUGGAGAAAACACAGCUUUUUUCUCGUUGUGAUGAUUUAGUGGAGCUCGUCCUGGUCACUCAUGUCGUGGAUGCCAUCACGUUUUGGGCUCAGAAUGUGACUGAGGAUGAGGCCUGUGAGAAGAUGAACAUAGUCCUGUCAGAAAAAUGCCCAGGUGGACAGAGAGUGAAGGGAAAGCCAAGUCCCCACAAGGUUUAUGGUGCCUGCUACUCAGGAGACAGGUGCUGGUACAGGUGCAAAGUGCAGAAGCAGAUGGAUGACACAUUUCAUGUAGUGUACAUUGAUUAUGGGAAUGAGGAGGUGGUAAGGAGGUCUGAUCUAGUCGAACUCCCAGAGGACUUGCAGUCACAAGCGCUUGCCAAAAGAUACAAGUUCUGGGGCUAUCACUUGGCAAAUGAACAGGAUUCACCACAGUGCUCUCAGGGGAAGUCCUUUCUUCAGAAUCUGAUAUACGGAAAGAAGUUGCGCAUUAUUAUGAAGUUAGAGUGCUUUGAUGGUACGAUCCUGGUUCAGGCGUUUCAGGGCAAUCUGGACAUUGGUGAAGAGGUGUUAAAGUUCAAAUUUGCCACAGUCAAUCUACCAGGCAACAGAGAGAAUCCAUCUCCCACUAAGGCUCCUCAGACUGGAUUGUGGUCCUCUAGGAAACCUCAGAGAGACUCUGAUGGCACGGGCUCUUUAGGAUAUAUUCCUAAGUUACGUCCUGGCGUCUCCAACCAAAAGCCUCAAGUCUUAAUGGAGGAAAGCCCUGGGAACACUGAAAUAGCUGUCACUGUGCCAGAAGCAGAGAGGGAGCUAGUAAAGGAGAUCCAGCAGUCUAAUGCAGAGAUGGUCAUCCAGCAGCUGUGUAGUCCAGUCACUAAGCAAAUGCAGAAUGAAACCGAGUCAGAUCUGCAGAGAGCAAGAGAAGAGGUACAAGAGAAAAUAAAAGAGAUAAAGAAACUCGAGAAGGAUAAGAGUGACCUCCAGGAUCUUGCAGAUCAUCUACAACAGCAGCUAAAGGAAACCAGAUUGGAGCUGGAGAAAGCGAGGGAGGUGUGUCCAAGAAAAGAUGAGAGUGUGGAAGUCAGCAUGGAAUCAACAGUAUGUGAGAGGUUCACUCAACUAGCUGAGAAAGUGGAAGCUGUGAGAAGAAACAGGGAAAGGAAUAAGUGCACUGCAGUGGAAACUCUUUCUGAAUCCAUACCAGUGGUGGUCAAUAACAAAAUUGUUAUGCCUCUUGCAUCAGAAACACUUGAGAUGGCAUGGGAAGAUUACAGACAAGCCUUAAAGCAGCUUAAAGAGUGUCAAAAUAAGGGGGAGUUACAGGACCUGGUAAACAGCAGGAAUCAGGCUUGCAGUGUUCUACAAACUGCCAUAGAUGACUUCCUUCUGGAGGUGGGGAGUCUGCCAAUUAGUGAUCGCUUGAACACCAUACAGGAUAUCAGCUCAUCACUGAUGGCUGUAUUUGGUUCGAUCCCAACAGAUAAUGUUCAGGAUCAGUCUUUAGAGCAAUUUUGUGAGUGGAAAACUGAAAAGAAUCGUAAGUUCAGAAAUGUGUGCCAGGUGACAGAUAAUUCCCUCAGUGCUCUCAGUGACUGGGCAGCCAACAGCAGCAAGUUUUUCUGCUUGACAGAGAAGACUGCUGUGAGCCCGGAGGAUGUUGGUGCAGGAGUGGAUGAGCUUCUGAAGCAGGCUGAGUCUGAUAUGUGUGAGGAGCUGACUGUUAAAUUAUUUGAGCAAAAUCUUGAGGACAUGAAAAUAAUGGCCUCUGCAUGCCGUAUAGUGAUGCAGCAUAUCCAAAAAGAGCAGCAUCUGCUUUGUGGCCUCAGGAAGAUGUAUGAAGAUAAUAAAAAGUUUAAGGAGGACAUGGUGCAAUGGCAAAACAAGUCCCCUAAAGCAGAUGAGCUUUUGCACAUAAAGAAAUCCGUUAAGAGCCUGCGUUCACAGCUGCGAUGGAAACUGGUAGAGGUGGGCUGCCUGGAAGAGGCUGAUGACCUGGAUCUGCCCGAGAUCCUACGGAAAAAGGAAGAGAUUGCUGAGACGAGGAAUGCUCUCUUUCAGGAAAUUGGGCACGAGAAAGAGCAAUAUAUAAAAUUGUGUGAGCUGGUAAAAGGAAAUUUUCCUGAGCUUCUGCAGCUGUAUCCUGAGGCAGACAUCAGCAGUUACCUGAUCUCUGAGGGGCUCUUAAUGAAGAGUUUAGAUCGAGACAUAUUUGAUGCUGAGCCGAUGAGAGAGCUGAGUGGGCGCAGGCCAUUAGUUUGUACCGAGUUCCAGUGCCAAAAGGUGGUGCUCAAGGGCUACUCUGUGGACGAAGAGUCAGAAGUGAGGAUGAUUAAGCAGGCUGCACAAUAUCACAGAGCUCAAAAUCAGUGUCCCUCGUCUGCCAUACCUCUUCUGGGCCUGUUCUUCGGCAAGUCGGAUCCUCUGGCCUACAUCAUAGUGCCUUACUACUCAAAUGGAAGUCUUAAGGCUUUGCAGAAACUCAGCCCACUGACACCCUGUGAGAUUGGAAGGGUGAUGAGAGGAUUGCUUCUUGGGCUUCAAAGUCUGCAUGAAUCCUGCAUUAUACAUGCUUCUCUGAACCCCAACAACGUGUUUGUUCUCAACCGAAAGCAAGGCAUCGUUGGGGAUUUUGAUUUCACAAAGACACCAGAGCAGCGAGCUGUUGACUGUGGCAUGGUAGCUGGUUCUAUCAGUCUAUUGGCUCCAGAGCUGAGACAGAGUGAGCCACCCUCUCCAGCCACUGACAUGUACGCUGUUGGAGGCCUCAUGCUCUGGCUUCAUGCUCCUGACUACACUGGAGAUGUGGACAAUGAGCAACAUGGCCCAAGAUUGUCUGGAUUACAUCUGGAUUUCAAAGUCCAGACUCUUCUCUCAAAGCUACUGGUCUGUUCUGGAAGACUGUCUGCAGUUGAAGCACUGUGUGACGAUUACUUUCUCUCACAUGAAAACUAAAAAAAAAAGUAUAUAAAAUGCUGUUCAUUUUUGUUGAAUUUCUUGUUUGAGAAAAAAAACAAGAAAGAUGCUUUUUCUUUUGCAGUUUUGUUUAAACAAAUAAAAUAUACCUAAGAAUGUUGAGUGUUUUACUAGAAAAAGUUAGAUAUUACAUCAAAUUAAAGAAAGUUAAAGUAAAAAUUAAGUCAUAUUUAUCACAUUGGGGAAAUAUGCUGAAGAUGUUUUUUUCACUAUUGUUACACACUGUUCUUCUACCUCAUUGACAGUUACAACGUUUUGACCUUGAAGUUAAAUAAAAUUUUUUAGCAGUGUAUCACUUUUUGCUUGGGAAAAGACUUUUUAAAAAAUUGAAUUUGUCAAAGGUGGCUUGAACCUCACUGCUCUAGCCAAAAUCGAAUUGAAAUUGGUAGGUUUUUUUGCAUAAUGGUCUAAUAUGGAAUCCUACAGGGUCAUCAGUGCCCAAGGCUCAUUGCUGUGUGUCAAAGGUUACCGGCCGGUCCGAUUCCCCAGAAGUAGCACAAACCACUAAAAGAUUAUUGCUGCCUAUGAUAGAAAGGUGUUGCACAAUGAUUGUGCAUCUCUGAAGGGCUGCAUAGUUGACCCCUAUCCAUGGUAAAAACACCUACAAAGGAGGAAGAAGCUGGCCUGAUCUGAUGAAUCACAUUUUCUUUUACAUCAUGAGGACCGUGUGCGUGUGUGACGCUUUUCUGGGGAAUAGAUGGCAGCUGGAUGCACUGUGGGAAAGAGUUAUGCUUGCGGCACUGCUCUGCCUGAAAACCUUGGGUCCUGGCAUUCAGCCGGAUGUUACUUUGACAUGUACCACCUGCCUAACUGUUGUUGCAGACUAGGUACACCUUGGAUCUGCUGCUAUCGUCUUGGUGCCAGAUACCACAGCACACCUUCUUGCUGUUUCGUGGAGUCCAUGCCUUGAAGGAUCAGAGCUGUUUUGGAGGCACACUGUGUUAAUGUUCUGGCUCAUUGGUGUAUAUAAUAGUUAUGAUUAUGUUGCAACCAUCCCUCGCUUCUACUAAACUCUAGACGGUGCCUGGUAAUUCAGAAGCAUGACUGAGCACAUACGCAAUAAACACUUUAUUACAAUGCAGAUUGAAUGCCGUUUCGUGAUACAGAUGUAAAGCUGUAAUGUCUCAAAGGACAAGAGCUCUUUAAAACAUUAUACAGUCCUACUGCAGUGUGUGCACAAGGCAUGCCUGACAUUAGGAUUUAUUAGAUCAUAUUUUAAGGUGAAUAAAAAAGGACACUACACAAGCUUGGUUUGGCUGUGAGCUUUGACAUUAAACAAAAGGAAAAUGAGCUUGAUUCAAACCUUCUGUUUUAACGUCUCACUAAACUGAAAUUCUUCAUAUGUAUAAUUCUGUCCAAAUAAUCACAUCUCUAUCAUCACUUAGGGGGGAAAAGGUAAUAAAAAUGACUGUGGCUGCAGUGGUUGUUUGUACCUUGAAACGUGGCUAUGAUGUGCCUUUCAAUAAAUAAAAUUAAAAAAAAAAAUUUCAAUAAAUGAAAUAU